AUGAGCAUAGAACAGGUAUUGGCACGCGAAGAGUCCGCUCUCGCCAAGGACAAGGAGAUAGGACGGAUAUUACAAUGCACCAAGAACGACUACGUGGCGGUUCUCGAGCUCGACCCCCUCGAUCUCGAGGAAUUGGCUACGAAGGUCAAGAAAUUGUACAGAAAGAAAUCGUUGAUGAUCCACCCUGAUAAGGUGUCCAAUCCAGAGGCCCCCGAGGCGUUCGACAGGUUGAAGAAGGCAGAACAGGUGCUCUCAAAUCAGGACAAGGAGGGAUCUGUCUGGGCCGAAAAGACUCGCCUCCUUGAUAUCUACAAAGACGUCUGCUCCAAGCAGAAGGACAUCAAGUCUAUCCAGACAAGAGUGGCAGAAAUUUUGGGCGAAGAAAUCCGCCAGGAAGAGAUCGACCGUUUGUACAACCAGCGGCAAGAGGCCCAGCGCAGGGAUGAGGAGAAGGCGCAGCAGACAAAGAGGGAGAAGGACAUGAAAAUGAAACAUGCCUGGGAAGAUGACCGCGACACCAGAGUCCAGAGUUGGCGCAACUACACCGCCAAGGUGGAGAAAAAGAAGAAGAAGAAGACUAAGAAGGUAUUGGCAUAG